UGCGCAGGCAGCCCCUGGGACCCGGAAGUGGCGCGCCGAGCUGAGGUCCUCGCCCAGCUGCCGCCGAGUCCGAGUCCCGGCUGAGGCGGCGGGAGCAGGAGAGUCCGAGUCCCGGCUGAGGCGGCGGCGGCGGGAGCAGGAGAGUCCGAGUUCCGGCCGGGCCGCGUCCCGCCGCUAUGAGCGCGGCCGGGCUGGUGUCUCCCGCGCCGCCGGCCCCUGUCCCGGCGGGGCUGCCCCCCGCCGCGCUGCCCGCCGGCCCCGAGUACUACGAGGAGGAGGAGCUGGAGAGCGCCGAGGAGGAGGACGGCGAGCGCAGCGGCCGGGCCCGGGACUCCGACGAGGAUACUGAGGAUGCUAGUGAAACUGACUUGGCAAAGCAUGAUGAAGAGGACUAUGUAGAAAUGAAAGAACAGAUGUAUCAGGACAAACUGGCAUCUCUUAAGAGGCAGUUACAACAAUUGCAGGAAGGUACUUUGCAAGAAUAUCAAAAAAGAAUGAAAAAACUGGAUCAGCAAUACAAGGAACGGAUACGGAAUGCAGAACUUUUCCUCCAGUUGGAAACAGAGCAGGUGGAGAGAAAUUAUAUCAAAGAGAAGAAGGCAGCAGUGAAGGAGUUUGAAGAUAAGAAAAUUGAGUUGAAGGAAAAUCUGAUUGCUGAAUUAGAAGAGAAGAAGAAGAUGAUAGAGAAUGAAAAGCUAACCAUGGAGCUAACAGGAGAUUCCAUGGAAGUGAAACCUAUCAUGACGAGGAAAUUGAGAAGGAGGCCAAAUGACCCUGUUCCGAUCCCGGAUAAGAGGAGAAAACCUGCCCCUGCCCAGUUAAAUUAUCUGCUGACAGAUGAACAGAUAAUGGAGGAUCUUAGGACACUGAAUAAGCAUCUCCUUCAUCUCCAGAACACCUACCAGCCACACUUGCAGAAUCUCCGGCACAGCGGUUUGAGGCUCGGAUUGAAGAUGGCAAACUCUACUAUGAUAAAAGAUGGUACCACAAGAGCCAGGCUAUUUACCUGGAGUCAAAAGAGAACACUAAGAUCAGCUGUGUGAUCAGCUCUGUAGGAGCCAACGAGAUCUGGGUGAGGAAGACCAGUGACAGCACAAAAAUGAGGAUCUAUCUCGGACAGCUACAGCGAGGGGUUUUUGUGAUCCGUCGGCGAUCAGCUGCAUGACUGUCUGACUCUUCCUUGAUUUUUUUUCUUUUUAAAAAAAAGAACCCUCUUACAGGGAAUAGCAGUCUAUCCACCCAGCCAUAGCAACAGAGAUGGUGUUAUGGCCUCCUGAGAGACUGUUAGUGGCUGGCCACAUCAUCCCCAUAGUCCUUAAGUCUCUAGUGACACUCAAGCACAGCCCUGGAGCGCUGGACUUCUGGACUUUGCCAUAAAGCUUCUCUGAACUUUUUUCAUAUUUCCGGAGACUAUAUUUAAGAAGACUCUGCAUCAUAUUUUCUCAUCUUUAUAUCUUUGUACCGUGAAGCGUGUGUGUACAUGGACAACACCAUAAGUUAAGUUUUGAAUUGUGGGGGAGCCCAGCUAUUUUCCUUGUUGAAAGCUAGCUCUGGUUUUUCUGCAAAGCUUAGGGUGCUGAGCAGGAGGAGACUCAUCCAACUAGCUUUCUCUGUAACAACAUGACAUCGGUUCUUUUGGAGGAGCUGUUGAAAGAUUUGCCCAUGCAAUGAGGAUUUUUUAGGAAAGUGUGAAAAGUGUUUUGGAAACCUGUAACGUGCUGAUGUUCCAGUUGAUUUUAACCUGGUUAAACACAGUCAUACUUGGUGAAUCCAAAGCUUCCUUUCUCUUCACAUUAAAAACCCUUCAGAUGAACAGACAUUGUGUGUCUAUACUGCUACACUGCAUCUCCGUACAUAGAUGAGUAUAAACCAAAGGAUUAACUGGACUCUGCAUGAGGCAGUGACAUUGUAUGAACAGCACAGUAUAAUCACUGAUAAUUUUACCUUCCAGUACUGUACAUAAGUUCCUUGAAAUUGAUGACUCAACUAAUUAAUGGGCCCUACUGGAACAGUUGAUUAACUUAUGAUAUAGAUCUUUGCUCUCAAGGGCCUGAUACAAAAUGAAAAGCUGCAUUGCUAGGCCUUGACAGUGUGUAUGAAGCCUAAUUCCCCAAAUGUCAUAAAGUUUCUCUUUCAAGGUGUUUUUUAAGUUAGAAACCAAGAUGAAUCUCUACAGUGUCCUCUUCAAAAGUGCUGUAAUUCUACAGUAUUUAACUGAUAGUGGCAUCCAUUCAAGGGUGUUUAAACCACUUGAGUUCCUGGUAGCUAUUUUCUAAAAAUACUUUAUUCACAAGUGGGCACUGAUGGCCAGAGGCCACCAUGAAAUGUGUUUGAUGCAGUAACAUGAACUAUACAACAUAUAGGAAAGAGUGUCAACUUUCUGCCUUCUAUAUGAGUGAAACUGAGUCUCCACCUGAAAACAUUGGGCAAUGAGUUAAUGUGCUCCUUUAUCAGUGUCUGUCACUUGGAAGUGGGUCUUUAUUCUUGUUUUUAAAAUGCCGCCUUGUUCAUGAUUAGGUUUGUAUUUCAUAUUUGGGUAAAUGAAAUAUUUUAAAUUUA